AUGAGUGACAAAACUCAUUCGAAAGAUAUAACAUUACAGACACCAGGAAAAAAUGUUCAACAUGGCGAAGUUGAAUUACCUUCGUCAAUACAAGUGGUAGUACCUGAACAAUUGCAGGGACAAGAGAAUAAAAUUAAAAAAAAAUGUCGUGGUAACCGAAAAAGACAACGUUAUCGACGGCAACUGUAUAAUAAAGGUUUAGAUCCAGCUGAGGUGGCAAAGUUAGUUGAGGAAAAAUUUCCUUCUGAAAUACAACAACACCAACAAGAAAAUAAAAAGACACUCGAAGAACAUGAUCUAAAAAAUAUUGAAGUCUCUAUCUCAUCAAACCAAACUGCAAAGUCACAAAGAAACAACGUUAAUAAUAAUGCUGCUAUAGAAAUGGGGACAAAACGAAAGAGAAUUUUGUUAACACCAACACCAACAACAGAAACAAUAUCCAUACUUGAUAAACCAUUAAGUCAAUUAUCAAUAUCACAAGGUGGUGCUAAAAGGACUAAAACAACUACAGCAGCUGAAACAACAUCGAUACCUGAUAAAUCUUUUAGUCAAUUAUCCAUAUCACACGAAGAUGUUAAGAACACUAAAGUAACAACCGCAGAUAAUCAAGUCCACAAGGAACAUAACAAGUCAUCACAGAAUUAUUUAGAAAAUUUUAAGCCACGUUAUUUAAAAGUAUCUGAUCGAAUAUUUAAACAAAUGUUAUCCGAUGUUAUUGAAAAUGGUUCCAAAUUAAUUGAAUCUUUAAAUACUUCUGAAAAACUUCAUGCUGUUCGUGAAAUAACUGAAGUAACAAAUAAUUUAUAUUUUAAAGAUUUUCAAGAAAAACUAUGGCAAGAAUAUUAUAAAAUAAGUUCUCAAGACAAUAAUUGGGAAUCCAAAAUAACUAAACACUUUGCUCGUCAACACAAUACAUGUCAAAUGUAUAGACCAAAAAUAUCUUAUAUUCAAGAACGUCUAGCAACACUUUCGAAACAAAAAGAACGAAUAGCAAAACAGUUAGAUGAAUAUUUAAAAAAACUAUUGCAUGAUGUACAAGAAUGGCAGCCAUCCAUUGAUGGAAAUUUAUUAUCACAUACCAUUAAUGAAUGUAUUCUACAUAGUUAA